UCCACAGUCAUGCCGAAGCACGAGUUCUCUGUGGACAUGGCCUGUGAAGGAUGCUCUAACGCCGUCAGGCGGGUGCUCAACAAGCUGGGAGGAGUUGAGUUUGACAUUGACCUGCCCAACAAGAAGGUCUGCAUCAACUCUGAGCACAGCGUGGACAUUCUGCUGGAGACCCUGGAGAAAACAGGAAAGGCCGUUUCCUACCUCGGCCCCAAGUAGUGAGGGCCUGGACCCCUGAGCCCAUGAUGGACCAAAGGGAGCAGGACGCUGAUCCUCUCCUGCCUUCCAGAGAGACCUGGGGCCUGGCAGUCCUGCUCAGCGAUGGCAGUUCCUGACAGAGACCCUCACUUGCCCCGCUCCUCCCUAGCUUCCCUGUAAUAAAGUUGAGCCGCUUUUGCUGGGGAAAAAAAAA